UCGGAACCAUUCGUUGUGCGACUCUCUCUAUGGUUCGGCGGUGAAAAACACGGGUGCUCACGUGACGGAUGCGGUGGGGUUUGUGAUGUCACGCGCAUGCGUAGUAUGACGCGCUGCCUUGUCCGAGGCGCAAUCUCGGUUCCUACCCUUUUAUGUGGGUAAAUAGACGUCUCUCUAAAACCUGUGUUACGCUUUCAGCUGUUGGAAGUAGAAGAGUAUCAUGCUACGUUUACGAUGUAAAGCAAAGAAUGGAACUCAUUUGAUGCAAGGGCUGACUUCAGUAUCUAAUGUCCAAGAGUUAAAAGAUAAAGUGGAAGAACUAACUGGAAUUCCAAGUGCACUGCAAAAAAUUAUGGUGGGAUUUCCUCCAUCCAGUCUAGAUCUUCGUAAUGGAGAACUGCCUCUCAAAGAUUGUCCUAUCAAAUCUGGUGAUACUUUGAUUGUGGAAGAAGAAAGCGAUACUUUGAAAAUUAAAGCCUCGGUGUCAAAAUUUUUUGCUAAAAGUUCGGAUAAAGAUACUUUCCCACAGCUGAUCCGGCAUGUUGUGCCUGCAGAUAAUUCGUGUCUCUUCACAAGCAUCAACUAUGUGGUAGAAGGAGGUGUUUGUGAACCAUCCUGUGCUCCAGAAAUGCGAAGCUUGAUAGCGCAGAUUGUAGCAAGUGAUCCUGAUUCCUACACUGAAGCUGUACUAGGAAAAUCUAAUUGGGAUUACUGCAACUGGAUUCAACAAAAUGACACUUGGGGAGGAGCCAUUGAAAUCUCUCUCUUAUCCAAGUUUUACCAGUGUGAGAUUUGUGUUGUGGACACACAAACUGUACGAGUAGACAGGUUUGGAGAGGACGUAGGUUACACAAAACGUGUCCUCCUGAUUUACGAUGGAAUCCAUUAUGACCCAUUAGAACGUCGGUUUGAAGAUCCUGAAACACCCCCACAAACCAUCUUCUCUACUGCAGAUGAUGUUGUGCUUGCCCAAGCCCUGGAGUUGGCAGAUGAAGCAAGAAGGAAACGACAAUUUACUGAUCUCAAUAAAUUCACCUUGCGAUGUGUCAUCUGCCAAAAGGGGCUGGUGGGUCAGGUAGAGGCUAGGGACCAUGCCAAAGAGACUGGGCACACCAACUAUGGGGAGGUAUGACAACAAAAAUAAUGUUACCUACCUCAUAUUCCUAAAAUGUACUGGGAUAAUUAAUCCCUAGGAAUUAAAUGGAAUUUUAAGGGGUGAUUUUUUUUUUUUUUUAAAAGCCCUGGGAUGAUUAAACCAUGAGCUGAUCAAACUGUUGGUUGUUUGCAAAGGUCGGACCUCAUUCUUGAUUUUUCUGUUUACAUAGUAGGAAUAGUAUUUGACACUUUUCAUUAAUUUAUUUAGUGAAAAGAUAAACAUUCUGAUUUGAUAGCUAUUGAAAUUAGUUAAUCCAAUAGAGUAUUAGGUAACUGAAUAUUAUGGACACUGAUAAGUUUCUUCAAGUCUUAAAUUUGGGUUGCUUUUACUUCCACGGAGUUGAACAUAUCUGCAGAUAUCAUAUUUGGAAAACGUUUUAUUGCAUAAUGAGUAGAAAAAUGAGCUGUAAAUCUAUACUUUUUUGUAAAUACUUAUUUUAGAAGACUAGUAUGUUAUAUUGUAACAUAGUCCUAUUGUUUCAAAGUAUAUGUUUUUGUGUUUGACAACCGUUUUGUGAUCAGCUCAUGGAAAUCACAGGUACAUAGUUUAAUAACUACCUUAACCCUGACUUAUAUCGACAUAUUUGGGGGUUACUUUUCAUACUUUUAAGUUAGUUCUUUUGAGUUAACAUUUUCUCAAGAGUUUCCUAAUUACUUGCACACCUAGCAAAAAAGGAGUUUCUAUGAGCAAGUUGAGAUUCUUCUGAACUGAAAUCUGCACCCUUCAUAUCCUAUCACAGGACUAAUCAUUAAUCUCUCGACUAUGAUAUAAUGAAACUGCAAAUUAAUAAUGUUCAACAUGUGAUUCUAUUGUUGAAAGUCGAUAGAUAUUACAUCAUCAGCCUGCUACGUUCAGCCACAAAUAAUAAUUUAUUUCCAAUUAUGAAUGUGCAAGCAGAAAAGGCUAUUACUAAUAAUACAUAGACUGAACCAAAAAUUGGAUUAAUCUACGAGUAGCUAAAAUAGCUGAAACUCCAAGGGUGUAAGCUUUGAAUAUUUCAGUGUGAAGUUUGUAUAUGGCCAAUUUAGUUUCAAGUGCUAAUUAUCAAAAGCUAAACUGAAGGCAUGUCAAAAAGCAGGGUUGUGAACGUUCAGAAGCCCCAGAAUUAUUAAUGAAUGAAUCAAGUACAAAUACCCAAUGGUGCCUCAGCAUACAAUUACUUGACAAGCUGCAAUUUAAAAAAUUGUCAUCUGAUUUGCACUUGAGCGAAUUUUUUUGUGUAAGCUGAUGCAUUAGUAAAUGUAAGAUCCUGCCUGCAUCCCGUGAACAACUGGCUUUCGUCUCUAUCUUAGUGAGGAAAAUAGUUUGUGUCAUUGACAUUUGUGGAUAAUUCAGGAUAAUUAUAUGCAUUGGUUAUCCCUAAAUUUGGACAAAUGCUUUAAAAAGUGACAGUUAUGUAAAGCUAGCUUUUCUAUUUGAAACAGGACUAAAUCCUUUUGUCAUUACUUGACAUGUGUUCACCAGAAAGCAAAAUAAGUGUUAUUCCAUUUGAAUGCUUGUAGGUCAAAUAAUAUUUGCGGAUUUGUUUUUAGAUACUUUUUAAAAUGACUUAUCAUGGUGAAACUUUACGGUGAUCUUAAAUAUUGAAAUAAAAUCACCAAAUGCUGGAAAUACUAAGAAGGUCAAACAG